AUGGAAAGUUCCGCUUGGAAGGACUCGCACAAUAGCAAUGAGGCUGAGGAGCUGGAAGGCUUUAGCAGGCAGCUUGUACUGCAAGUGGCUGGCUGCGACGAUGUUCUGGGUCCUUGGCUUCUAACAAUGAAUUUUGCAAGGAAGGCCUUUUCAUUUUAUAUACUCCUCGGUGCCCUUUUCUCUCAUACUGAUGCUGCUGAGCAGAAACACAUCGAUGAAGCCUGCAGCGAUGUUUGGGGAGUCAUCAACUGUGAUAGCAGUAUUACAUAUCCGAACUACCCGAGACCCCUUAAUGACAUCAACGGUACACAGAUUGAUACAGAAAUUGUGCCUAAAGAAGUGAAUAUCUGCGACGCUGUCCGAGACGCACUUGGCAGUGACGACUUUGUGAACAACGCCGAAACGAAUUGCACUUGUCUCUCUAAUUCAGUUUACUGGGGCAGCAGUUCGAAUGCUAAGCCCAGUUUCGAUGGUCAGAUCAAUGCGCAUAUAACGGGGCCAUAUCUUGACUGGAUACACAAAGAGGAAACUUGUCUUUCCAACAAUGAUUACACCAACAGACAGAGCAUCGGUGGUCAAGAAUCAGCUUGCAGCUACGAAUGGCUGGACCUUCGUUCAAGCUCCCGAGCAACAUACAAGAGGCUUUCCAAAGCUGUCAUGUCAUGCUAUACCGGAACAUGGGACGGACCGAAAGUUCGUGCCUUUUACGCCAGUUACGUUGAAAACGCAGACAGCGUCAUCGAUAGCGAUUUUGUCCGGAUGCUGAACAAAUGGGUUGCCUUGUUCGAAACUCUCAAGAAAAGGACAACAGAUGUUCAGACCUAUUCGAAGCAAGUUCAAGCGCGUCUGAGGACUGUUGCCUCCAAAGUCAACUCAGUCAAGGCCAACAUCUGCAAAAACAAUGCCUGUAAAGGAUCGACGCCGGCCAACGCGUUCAAGAAGUACAUCGUCAAGGCCUUCAGAGUGACUCAAUAUCUCCCACAGGCAGCAGAAGGCUUGAAGAAGCUCACUGGGACUUUCAACCUCAUCAGCAAUCAUGCAGGCGCCGCAAAGACUGCUGCUACGACAAUCAAUCAGAUCCUGUCUGUCAAGUGGGCCAGAAACUCUGAGCUGUCCAAGACGGCAUCAGGCCGCAAAGUUCGUGAUGGCCUUAUCAGUAUUCAGAGGAGCUUCAGGAACGAUCUGAAAGGCCCUCUCGAUAACCUCAUCAAAGCCAACAAAGCAGUAGAAGAUAUUCUAAUUCAGCUACCUCUUCAGAAGAAGAGACUUGAAUUUUCUUCUGGUAGUGUCUCUUACAGCCGCUGGACCAACGCUCGAAUGCCUGUGCCGUGCAAGAAAGAGGACACAAAGUUUUAUUCGAUUGGGGGAUUGCCGGCGACUUAUACCUACCAGCAAGUUCAGGCUUGCGAAUUUGGUCCGACAAAGGUUCCAUUCAUUAAAAAUGUCAUUCCAUAUAUGAAGUAUCGCUUUGUUUGA